AUGGCAAAGGAAACAGAGGAUACAGAUGACCUUGUGAAGCCAUCAAAGCAAGACGAUAAAAUGCCUUCUGAGCAGAUCGAGGUUCUUGUGAUUCCCGCGGACUCUGAAUAUGGGUCGGAUGACCUUUCUCUGGGGUCUCAAAAUUCAACUGCCGACCUUAAGUUGGUUGAAUCACCAUCAUCUGAGCAUCCUCAGUUGUUGGUGGAUAUUGUUCCGCCCAAUUAUGAUACCCUUGCAUCAAUUAAGUCAUCCGCAUCCAAUUCAGUGGGUACUCUAGAAUCCAAUCCCUCCGUAACGCAAAAUCCGGACUAUGACUACGACGAUGACGUACCUUUUUCAUAUUACGCACCUCUGAAGACAAAAGAACGCACAGCUCCUCUCAUCGACCAUCACAAGUCCAAGAAGCAAAAGAAACAAGAAAAGAAGGAGCGAAAAAAGGAAAUAAAAAAGGUACGGCAGGAAGUGCAGCAGAAUCGCAAGAGUGAACAACAGGAAACAUCAGAUUUGGAGUCAACAGUCGAGGCGGAUGAAUCGAUUGCUACUCUUCCUCAUUUCAGCCUGGCCACAUCGAUGGCUGGACUUAUGUUCUCCAGUGGGGAUCCAUAUGUGAUUCCAUAUUCUAGUCCAACCUUUCUAUGGGACGAUGGUGAGGUGGUUGUAGUAGGAGAAAUUGAUGACGACGAUGACGAUGAAGACUUUUCAAUUGAAGGACUUGAGUCCUUUAAGAUGGUUAAGUCGAAGCGAAAAAGCACAAGCCAAAAUCAAAACAGCAACCCUCCAAAGAAAAAAGGCAGUAGUAGCAGCAGCAGCAGCAGCAGCAGCAGCGGCAGUAAACACAACAGCAGCAGCAGCAACAACAAUAAUGACAAAAAGAAAAAGAAGAAGCGAGGCAGGAGAGCAGAUUAUGAAGAACCAGAGGAAGAAGACGAGCAUGAAACCGCUGAAGAUGAAAUUGCAAAAACUCCUGCUCAUCCCACGAAAGAUGUAGCAGCGAGGGUGGAAGCCAUUUUCACGAACAAGGACAUGAUCUUGGACGAGUUCGACGAAUAUAUUGAGAGAGUGGGAGAAGAACAGAAAGAACUCGAAGAAAUGUUGGAAGAGCAGCGAGGCCGCAAUCGGAGCAAUUCCGUGUCGAGCAAAAAAAGUAGCCACCGAGGUAGGAGUUCGAGCAAGCCGAAACACAGUGCACGGAGCCAAUCGAAGGGGCCAAAAGCGAGAAGUGUUAGUAAAUCAGCAACGCAAAGGCGAAAGGUGAAGGACGAAGUCGCCAAACACUCUCUCGACAAUACACUCAAGAUUAUGCUAGGAGAAACACCGAAAUCUCCUGAGAAUCGCAGAUCCUCACUCGCAAGUGGAAGAAGUAAAUCAGAAUUUCUGGUCGAUUACAUACGUAACGCAAGCAACGAGAGAGGCGACGGCGAGAAGAGUGCACCCUCAAGCCCAAGAAGAAAGAAUGGGAAAUCAGAAGGUCUCACAUUAGACGAAUCGAUAGAAAGACUACCUUCAGUCACGAGGAUGCUUCCGAGACGAAGCUCCAGUUUCUCGAAAUUAGAAUGCGUUCGCAACAAGGAAUCUUCCAAGCAUGCUAAAAACGAAACGGAGCAAGUGCGGCAGCCAUUGUCCGAAGAGGUAGGUGAAAAGACCAAGACGAAAGCGAAAGACCAGGACUCUUCCAAACAUGCUAAAAACAAAACGGAGCAAGUGCGGCAGCCAAUGUCCGAAGAGGUAGGUGAAAAGACCAAGACGAAAGCGAAAGGGAAAGAUCAGGAUUCUUCCAAACAUGCUAAAAAAGAAACAGAGGAAGAGGUAAUUGAAAAGAUCAAGACGAAAGAGAAAGCGAAAGAUAAAGAAAAAGAUAAAGACAAAGCCUCUUCAAAGAAAGACAAGGGGAAGAAAGGAAAGGCUGAUGCCCUCACUCUCGACGAUUCAGUUGAGAGACCCCAGUCAAUAUCAAAGGAUUUGCGGAGGCAAAGCAACAGUUAUCCAGAUAUUGAUAGACUAAAAUCUGCAAAGCCUGAUGCGCCUACCCAACCGAUGGAAGGCAACAAAUUGAAGCUCUCAUUAAAAACGUUACAAUCGUUAUCAGAAGAUAUGCUUGGAAAGGUUAGCAGCAAGACAAAGAAAAUUCAAGGCAAAGGAAAGAAAGAAGAACAAGAAGCUCUCACACUGGACGACUCGGUGGAGAGACCCCGGUCAAUAUCAAAGAAUUUGCGGAGAGAAAGCAACAGUUAUCCAGAUAUUGAUAGACUAAAAUCUGCAAAGCCUGAUGCACCUACCCAACCGACGGAAGGCAACAAAUUGAAGCUUUCCUUUAAAACAUUACAAUCAUUGUCAGAAGAUGUGCUUGGAAAGGUUACCAGCAAGACAAAGAGUGCGCAAAAGGGAAAGAAAGAAAAGGCUGACACCCUCACGCUUGACGAUUCCGUUGAGAGACCGUUGCCCUUUUCGCUCGGUCAUCGAAGGACAAGCAGUAGCUAUUCAGAUCUAGAAGGUAGGAAACCGGGAGAAAACGAAUCUUCGUUGAAGCGUGAUUCCAAGAAUGGAAACAUGAAGGAUUCUUCGAAAGCAGCCCUCUCAGCACACUCAGAACAUAUUGGCGCAAAGCCGUCACGUUCGAAAAAGAAAGCCCAAGGUAAAGGAAAGAAAGAAGAGCAAGGAGCUCUCACGCUGGACGAUUCCGUGAAGCGACCACCGUCCGUUUCGAAAGGUAUGCGCAGACAAAGCAACAGCUAUCCAAAGUUGGAAGGGGCAAAACACAACAGCUCUUCUAGCGGUACGUCAAGUCGGAACUCAGAUUUCGAUACAAAGAAGGCGAAGACGUCCAGUGCUAAAGGGCAUCGGCAAAAAAAUGCUAAGUUGCUCUCUUCAUCAGAACAUGGGGUUGCUCAGAAUACCGUCAAAAGAAAGGGCGACGAGAAGGCACUGGAACCGACUUUUGAAGAUUUUGUAGUGCCUUUGGCUCCUCCAUCGGAUCUCAAACAGUCGUGGUCAUCCGAGAGGCAGCUUAAAAGCGCAGAUAAUAGUCCGAACCAGAUGGAAUUCAAAGCUGCUGCUUUGCCCACUGAUCUGAAAAGAGGAGGUUCGUUUGGAUCCGAUAACGUGUUGAAACCGCCACAUAAUAAGAAACAUGGCAAAGCUGAAUCGCCAUCCAUCAAAGGUCACAAGAAAAGUUCCAAAAAGAAUCAGCACAGUCGCAGUAAAAGUCCAGGAGCUAAGAUGAAAAAGAGCAGUAAGGAAGAACAGGCAGGUAGUAGUAUUGAUGGUUCUGAGCAUGUCAAGGAGAAAAAGAAACUGUCCAGGACUCGGAGUAAGAGUUUGACGAAGGUGAAGCAAAACUCGGAGAGUGGCAAGAACAAAGGCGACACUACGGAGGAACAAAAAAAGAAGGAGAGCAACGAUAAAGAGGUACCAGAAAAGACGGAAGAUCCGGGAAGUGAACAUCAUCCAAAAACAACCGAUGAGUCUCGGACACUUGGCUUACUUGGAGAUUCCGACCUUGAUUCCGACCUUGAUUCGUUGGAAGAAUUUGCUUCCAUGGCUGACACAACAACAGCUCUCGGAUCCAAGCCAUCAAAGCCAAAACAGAGUGAAAGCACUGCCGCUGUGAAAAAAUCAUCAGAUUCAUCAGACAAUGGUGAUACGAAAACCACAAAGAAGAACAAGGCCCAGAGCACAAUCAUGAUGGAAUCUGUUUCCACCCUCGAAGAGUUGGCUGGCGCAGUCGCGGAUGCUCGAGUAGAUGGCUCGGAGGCUCCAAAAAUGAGAAAAAGCACGGGCAUUCCCAACCCCGACUUGCCGAACAAACCAAAGAAAGGGAAGAAAUCUGAUCGGAAGCAUGGUUUGUCGGCAACUAUGCACUAA